AAAUAUACUAAUUCAUUUCUCUCUGUUUAUAGAAACUAGAAAUCCUUCAAAAAGAUAGACAGAGAGAACAACUAAAUCAUUAAUCUUAAUCCUUAUUUGAUUAAAAAAAUUUGAAGGAGGAAAAAAACCGUUCAAUGGAGAAGAUUUAUCAGACACUAUCAGUGAGUGAUGAUGAAGAAAACUAUGGCGAAGAAGAAGAAGGAGAAUCAUCAGGAAGUGAAGAAAUUUCUGCUAAUGAUGAUUCAGAAGAAGACCCAACAUUCGAUGUUCUUGAAGAAACACGAUUGAGUUUAUCCAGACUCUCAUUGAAGAAAACCAAAUCACGUAUUUCAACGGUUAUUGAAUCUGGAAAUGAUGAAGAAAAACUAGAUGAUGUAGAGGUUAAAAUACCUGAACUUAAUGCGAAAGAUGCUAAAAGUUAUGAAACUAUAGAGAAGAUUGUUGCUGGUGGUCAGGUGGAGAAAUUGAAAGUGGAGCAAUGUAAAGUUUAUUUGAGGAAGAAUGGAUUGCGAUUAACAGGGAAGAAAGACGUUCUUAUCGAUCGGAUUAAGGAACAUCUUGGGAUCAUAAAUGGCGGUGGAGAAGUGAAGUAUCCUGCAUCUAGCUUUGUGUACAACUGCAAAGGUGAUGCUUGCACUGGAGAUGUUGUAAUGUUCGAGCAAAAUGUUUAUGAAAUGUAUAACAUAGCUUCUAGGAGUGUGCCACUGGCCGCCCUCCCUGUGGUACAAGAACCGUUGCGGGUCGUAUUGUGAAGGAAAGCUAUGGUUCAGCCAAACAGCAACACACAUUUACGGUGAGCUAGAAUUUGUUAAAGGUGCGUCUUUUCGGAAGGCAUUUGAGUUUACUCAAGGACCAAAUUUGGUGCCUUUUGGGAACAGAUUCUUGUCCCUAGUUUUCAGUCACCAUUCUCCUUUCAAUACUCCUUUGAUUUCCCAUUUUUAAACAUGAGUUUUUACAUAUAAAGCACAAUUUAGUUUGAUGUUCUUGGUUGUUUGAAGUGUUGCAUCAACCAAGAAGGAGAUUGUUGUAUCUUGGGAAACGAACGUCAAUUAAUCAUACGGCAUCAUUAUGGGGGUGUAAUUAUUUUAAGGACAUAGAGAAUCUCUAGCCUCAAUCCAGCGUUUGCUAUUUCUAUCUCUUAUUCUCUCUGUCCUUAUAUUUCUCUUUUACUUUACUGUGAAUGAAUGCUUGAAUUUCUCUGAGAAUUGUGUUUGCUUUGUAUUCUUAUAGUAUAUAUGCAGUUGGGUAUUGUUUAGAAUACACCCAUGAUAACUAUGGAAUACUUUGUUGUUGAUAGUGCAAUAGCAAUCAUUGCACAUUUCUGUUGCAUAUAAGGUGUUUGAUAGAAUGCCACUAUGAAAUAGUU